AUGAAGACGAUUACGACGCUGUGGGCGCUUGGAGGCGCUGCUGCCACGGUCGCCGCUCACGCGCAGGACGUCGCGCAGAUCCUCCUCCCGGCCCAGUGGAAGCCCAGCGACGAGCUUGGUGUCUCGGUGGUGCACGUCGGGGCAUCUGCGACGACCUUUGCGCUCGGCUGCCCGACCAAGGCGAGCGACUGCUCGGUGGUGAUCCCGACGAUUACGCAGGGCGCCAUGACCUGGGGGUAUGGCGGGGAGUGGCAGAACAUCCAAGGCGUGGACGAGUACACGCUGCGCAACGACUGCGACAUUGCGAGGGGCACCAUGAUCUGCACCACGGCCGUCACGCAGGUCAAGGACGACGUGACGAGGUCGGGCCAUCUCACCGGCACCACGACCUACCUCGGGGAUCUCAUCCACCCGAUCCCGAUCACGGCGGGCGCCAAGAAGCCGGGCGAGCACACGCAGGCGACGACCACGACGAGCACGCCUAUCGAGACCUCCGCGUCGUGGACUUCCACGCCCGUGGAAACGUCAGCCAGCAGCACCACCCUUGCGACGAGCACCGCGAUGACACUGACGGGUGGGCUGCUCCCCACGUCGGAUGCCGGCCAUGACGAUGGCCACGAUGAUGAUGCGACACCAACGGCGACACCCUCUGUCAUCCCGACCGACACGCCUGGCGCUGCUGUGUCUGUGCACCGCAGAUCACCUCGCCAGCUCUACAAGCUCCUCCUCUACCACUUUGCGGGAUGGCUGAUCACGGCGGCGAUUGUCGGCUCCUUCUAUGGCGUCCUGGUGCACUACUCGGACAAGGGGGUCAUGCUGUACAAGGACAGGCGCGUAUUCAACGCCGUUAUCAUCGCGCUGAGCAUCACACUGUCGCUGAACCUCGAGAGCUGCCUCAAGGCCAUGACGGGGGACCUGCGCUGGUGGGUUCUCAGUCUCCGGGACUGGACGUUGCCCGAGGCCGAUCUGAUUUUGCAGAGCGAGCAUUUUAGCUACCUGCUCAAGCUCUUUGUCGUGGCGAGUCAUUGGAUCUUGCGGAUCGUCAUUGUCUCCUGGAUCCUUCUCCAUAUCGCGGCCCAGGUCGCCGUGGCCACCAUAGGCUUGACUCAUACUGUCGAAGCCGCUGCCCAUGCCACCAUCACGCGGCCCGGUCUCGUCAGUGUCCCGGACAUGAGCCAGAUCGAGACGACCAGAGUCAUCAAGUCGCCGACCCUUGCCCUCGCCGCCCUGCGCUUCACCGCCAACAGCUACGGCCAGAUUGCCCUGGGCUACAACUGGGGUCGUCUCGAGGAGCGUCCUGAACCUGGAACAUUGUUGAGUCCAGGGGGGAAUUUGCAGUACUGUGGCUCGGAUCGAUGUGAGUUUGUCUUUUACGAAGCCAACGCCUCCCAGGGCCAGAAUUACCUGACCGUCGUGACGAACCGAUCCGUGGCCUCUGUCGCCCACUGCGAGGCGUAUCGCGUCAUUCGAGGCGGCGAUGGGAAUUCGACGACCAUUACGAUUGAUGACGCGGACGCUUCCGAAUUGAAGGUACCCACCAUCAAUGGCGAUGAUCAGACCACCUUUCUCACCGCCACGGGUGCAGGCUUUAACAAUUCCACGGGUAUCGUCUUCGCCUUUGAGGCGUCAAGGACGAAUCCGUGGUUCUACGCAUGCAACAUCACCGUAGAGCCCGUGCGGAACGCAGUGCUCCCGGAGCAUGAGCUCGGCGCCAAUGUCUCCUCCCUAGCUGCCGUGGCCAUCGCCCUCCAGGCUUACGGUGCCUCGACACAGGGCUCCUCGGCCGCCGGGACGGGCGCAGCACGGCAGUUCCAAAGUUAUCCCGCCGCAUCGUCCUAUGGCGAGCCCAAGGGGGGCAAUGCCAGCGCCAUGGCGCUGAACAUGGCCAGUUUCGCGACAGGCGUCAUCGCCGUGACUGCCCUGGCCAACGACAAUGUGGAGAUACCAGGCCAGCGGCCCCUGCGAGGCGUCGAGUUCCGCAUCUCGGACUGGACGGCGCUUCACAUCAUCCUCGGCCUGAUUGCGGGCGUGCACUUCUUGCUGGGCCUGGUGACCUCCCUCGUCGCGGACAGGGUGGUCGUCCAAACGCGGAGUGAGCUCACCAUGGCGGAGCUGCUGAGGCCUGUGGGCCAGAAGCUGGAGUAUCGGCACGUGCAGGCGCGCAACAGGCCGCAGCCGACAAUUCGGUACAGGAUGGGGGACUGGGAUGAGGCGUAUGGGUUCCAUACCGACUGUGCGUUGGAGGUUGUGGACUGGUAG